AUGGAUCUGAUAUCGACAAAAAAUGAUACUUAUAAUACCAUGAAUAUAAGCAGUUGCGUUACGGACUCAACAUCUUUGCAAUGCUCGCCGAAGUUAGCCACUCCGGAUCAUGAACUUAACAUUUCCGGAUUAUUCUUUUUAAUUAUUCCGACCAUUACUGUUUUGGGUAACUCGAUGGUAAUUAUUGCUGUACUACGUUUUAAAACUCUUCAUUCUGCUAUUAAUUUCCUAAUCUUUGGUUUGGCUGUCGCUGAUCUCCUAGUUGGACUUUUCGUCAUGCCUUAUGCUGUUUAUGUCCAUGUGCAAGGUGGUUAUUGGUUCCUCGGAUCUAUGAUGUGCGAUAUAUAUUCAGCAAGUGAUGUCGCCUGUAGUACUGCGUCCAUACUUAUACUUACAGUCAUUAGUUUUGAUAGGUACCGAGCAGUUACUCAUCCCAUAAGUUAUUCACACAAUUCCCAUGAUACAAAACGGGUUAUUUUUAUUAUGGCAGUCAUUUGGGUCAUUUCCCUUGCACUUGCUAGUCCUAUGGUACUCGGUGUGAAUAUCCGACCAUCAGAUGCGGAUCCAUAUGAAUGUCGCUUCUAUAAUCCAAUAUUUUCAAUAUCCUCGUCAAUUAUUAGUUUCGUCAUACCUUGUUUUAUUGUCCUAUUUGUUUAUAUUAGGAUAAUGAUUGCUUUACGUCAAAGACAAAAAUUGUCCAGGAAACAGCGUUGGUCAUAUUUACGACCGUUAAAAAGAUUAGCGAAGGAAACGACAGCUGUCAGUAAUUUCAAUUGCAGUGACCAGAAGGCGAUAACUGGAAUCGUAGAAACAGCAGAAAUAAUCAGACCACAGCUAACAGUAGAUCCUGAUAAAAAUGAACUGAAUUUGGGCAGUUUGGGCAAAGGAAGGAAGAAGAAACAAAACGAUACUCUUGAUAUGGUUUCAAAGUUAACUACACUUUAUUCUCAUAAAAUUAAUAAGGAAUAUUCUAAAAAUGGAAUGCGAAAAUCACUUAAGCAAUACGACGGUUGUGGAGUGUAUAUAAAUAGAAUAGUGAAUGGUGAUACUGAAAUAAUCAAAAUCGAUGAUAGCGAUAUUUCAGACGAAGAGAUUUCUAAUAAAGUAAAAAAAUCAUUCAGUGAAGGAUUUCUGCUGAGAAUGCUGGAAAGAUUGAACUGGAACAAUUUGCCUUGUCCCUGCAGAGAAGUUACUUUAAAUCGAUUCUUACAGAACGAUUUGAAAAGCAAAGAAAAUUCAGUGAUAUUUGUUCCACAAUUAGAAGUUUAUAAAUUUUACGAAUUGCAGAAAAUGAACACUUCCGAAAACAAGCAAGAAAAAGAUGUUUUCUAUAAUGAGGAAGUGGAAACUGAUAUAGGUUUCACUGAUAAACCUGUACCGCAAGAUGAAAGAGACAAAUUGAAUGGUACAGAACAACAUCUGUUCACAAAUGCUAAUGCAAAGCAAUACAUAGAAACUGUUGAACAAAAAGAAAAAGAAAAGAAACAGCUAAAACUUGAUUUUGUUGCAAAGAAAGACGAAUCAAUAACCAAGGAAAAUGAUACUAAAAUAGAGUAUUAUGACAAACAGCAAAGAAAUUUCGAGAAAGGUGAAGAAAGUGAAUGCCGAGGAAUGGAUGAUACUAGAAAAGAAUCUGGCAAUCUUGAUAAAACAGUCAGAAAAACUUUGGGAAAAUGCUGCAUUCUGUCGAGACUUCGGAAGAAAAGUAAGGGAAGAAAACUUCCGCACUUGAAUUCAAAUGAUUCAAAAAAUAGCUUCCUGACAGAACGAGCGUCAACGGUCUUUAGAAGAACAUUAAAUCGUGGUAAUAGUUUGAUCGGACGGCAUUGCAGCAGAAGUCAACGAAUGGAGAAGCGAGCUACAAAAACACUCGGUGUUGUUGUCGGGAUAUUUCUAGCUUGUUGGGUGCCAUUUUUUUCGGUAUAUAUUCUCAACGCAGUAUGUAUUCAAAUGGAUAUUAAGAGUUGUCAAGUUGACUUCUAUGCCUUUUUCUAUACAACUUGGCUUGGCUACAUCAACUCAUGCAUCAAUCCAAUCAUUUACACUAUUUUCAACGUGGAAUUUCGACGUGCCUUCAAAUGUAUAUUAUUUGGAAAACUCUCGAUUCGAAAAGACCUAUAA